AGAAAAGAGAGAAUAUAAAAAAACACGCUAAAUCCAAUAGUAGCUACGUUGUUUUGUUUAUGCCUUCAAGGCUGCACUUGAAGAAACUCCCUUUUUUGUUCUGUUUGUCUGUUUUGUUUAUGCGCGCCGCGCCUGUAAUUAUUUUUGUUUUGUGUUACCUCUUUUCGUUUUGUGUUUUUGUUCUAGCAUCUUGCAUAAGUUUGCGGGCGAGCGCGUGUGCAUGUCCGCUUGGAACUGACCGCGCAAUUUGAGCUGCCUCCUUUUUUUUCCUUUGAAAAAGAAGGUAAUUGAACGAAGUCGAGGAACUCGCAGUAGGUGAUAGAACUCGCCGUUCCUUUUUUGUUUGUUUUGUUUUGUGUGUGUGUGUGUGUGUUGGUUCACACCACGCGUUCUCGCGUAUUACGAAAGAAGCAAGAGAGUAAAAACGGUGUUUGCGCUCCUCUCCUUUCCGUUUUGGCAGCACUCGUUUCGACACACAGGUGUAUCUAUAUAUGCGUUGUCUCACUUAUCUGCCGCACUCUUACGUGUUUUUUUUUUUGGGGGGGUAUUCGUUCUUUGAGGCGCCGUUUUUUCUUCUGAGAGGAACAGCCAAGCAUUCGCACCCGCACAUACACAAACACAGAAGCUUCUCGAAGAGGAAACAAACUCCCCUCAAACUCCCUCCCCGUAACGGAAGAAAAAGGCGGAAGUUCAUUCGUGAUGCCGAGCAAGCCAUCUAACAAGUCCGGCGGCAACAAGACCAACGCCUCCGGCUCGUCUGGCAAAGGCCAAAAGCCAAACUCGGCGUCCAGAACAAACACUACAGGCACCACCACAGCAGCAAGCACCACCACGACUGCCGCCGCCGCCGCAGCUCCGACGGCCUCCGCGACCAGUUCAGCCACCACUGCACCUUCCUUCGAUUCCCUCCCCCACGCUACCUCGGGUGAGCGAUUAAAGGGCGUCGAGGUCGGCUCCACCAUCCCAGCCCUCAUGAGCGAGUUGGGGGUGCUGCUGCAGCAGACGCCUGGCGGUGGCGGUGGCGGCAGCGGUGGUCUCCCACGCGGCCGAAACGGCGGUCUUUUGUUUGAGGAUGCGGAUGCGAGGGCCUCUGGCAGCGACGCCGCGGCGGCCGUCUUCGGCGACGAUGUUAGCCGUCGCCUCGAUCAGAUCUCCCCCGGCGCGUUGGAGCGCCUGUCGCAGGUGUUUCAGCUGCAGCGGCGGCAGGCGCAGACAACCAACACCAACGCGAGCGCGAACAGCGCCGCCGCGUCGUCGAAGGGCGGCAGCGGGUCGCCCUCCGCGGAGGCCGCGGACAGCGACGACGAGGACGAGCUGGACGGCACGAGCGGGAGCAGCGGCGCGACGGGACACACGACGCCGGCCCCAGCCCCGCCCUCCACCACGAGUCCCAAUAACACCGGCCCGCCUGGUGGGGGCACCAGUGGGUCGGAGUACGACGCCUACAGCGCUGCCGGUCGACGCCACAACCUCGAGGAGAUGUUUGAGAUGAUGCAGCGCAGCAUCGGCAACUACGCACGGGGGGCGGCGGCUGUGGCGGCAGCCGGCGGCGGUGGAGCGCUGGAUGGGAAAGAGAAGCCGGGCAGCGGGGUGGCGGCGCUGGCAGGGGACAUGGGUCUCGACCCGUCCGCCUACUCCGACCCCCUGACACAACUGGAGCUCUUCCGUGCGAUGAUGGUGGCGACGAGCAAAGGCCGCACCGCCGCGGGGGCCGGAGGGGCGGCUGGCGGCGCUGGCGCGGCCGGACUGGAGGGCAAGAGCGAGGACACGGCGGAAACGCGCGCACGGGGGCAGCGCAGCGGCAACGGCGGCGGCGGUGGUGCUGGUGGAGGUGGCGGCAACGGCGGUGGUGGGGCCGGCACAGGCAGUGGUGGGGCCGCGGGUCGUGUCCCGGGCAGCAUCGACCUGCAAGCCAGCAAUCCGUUCCAGAGCUUCCUCGAUGUGCUGGGACCGCAACUCUUCGGUCAGGUCCGUCUGCAGCAGCGUGCGGCGGUGGCGGGGAAGGCUGCGGCUGCGGCUGCGAACGUGAACGGCCUGAGCAAGGACACGGAGGCUGCAACGGCGACUGCCGCGGUGACGCCGCCGUCCGCCCGCGAUGUCGACGUGACGCCCAACAGCGCGGCGAACCUGUCCGACCUGCAGAAGCGUGUGGAGCAGGUGCGCGUGCUGAGCAGCAGUACGUUGGAGGAGUUGGCCGCGGAUGAGGUGUCGGACAGCACGUCGGGCAACUUGCGCGGUCUUCUUCUCGGUGACCCGGAGAGCAGUGCCUUGGCCCUCGCUGCGCCGGAGACGGAGCUGAGCAGUGCCAAGGUCGGCUACUGCUUAACGGAGGCCGCCGCCGUCGCCGUGUCGAUGCUGUGGAGCUACCUCGGGAGUCAGCAGAAGGAUGCACCGCUGCUGCUCGGGUGGAACCGCGAAGCCGCGCAGCGUCACUUCAACCUGCUCCUGUUCCGCCUCCGGCAGGAGUUGGCCGGACACUCGCCGGCUAAUUUGACUGAGAUUGCGCGCUGCUUCGGCGGUGGGGUCGCCGCGGAGGCCGAGGACGUCUACCGCGCCAUCAACGGCGUUGGCGUGCUGCUCUUCUUCACCUGCAAGCCACUCGCCCUGCUGGAGAAGACGUGCGCCGAGCUGGGCAUCUCCCUCUCCGACUCGGCCAACGCGGACAGCAACAUCAUGCCAGAGCUGAUCGCCGAGAAGCUGGCCGCCUUCUUCUACCCCAUGAAGGAAGGGAAGCUGGCCUUUGCCCACAUCAGCUUCAUUCCACGUCUGCAGGUGCACGAACACGCCCCGGGCAACUACACGUGCACCAUCGACAACGCGAGCAACAUGGGCCGCAUGCUGCGCGAGCGCCUGAUCAGCAACCGCUUCAGCUGCAGUAAGAUUAAAUGGCGCGCAGCGAUUGUGAGCGACAAGGAGGAGCUGAAGUUUUUAGUUUGGCACCGCUACAGUGUACCGCUCUCGGUGCACCUCCUCGUGCGCACGUCCGAGCCGAAGAAGAAGAAGCGCAGCGCCAGUGCGAAGGACGGCGGCUCCGCUGCGGAGAACAACAACAACGGCGGGGAGGAGAAGGAGACGAGCGCGGCGGACGAACUCCGCGCCAACUCGGCCCUCUUCAUGGAGCGCCAGGUCACCGCGGCGCCGGGCGAGAUGAUCGGCUUCGCGGACGACUUCCUCGGCCUCACGGUGGUCCUCAGCUCGCCCACCACGUUGCAGCACGGUUACCGCACGUACAACAAGGCUGACGACCGGGUUGUCUUCCAAUUCUCGCUGCAGCUCAGCAACACCGAUGGCACGUCGCUCGACGGCGGGGCGGCAGGCAUGAGCGUGAACAAAAACGGCAGUAAGCAGGCCACGCCCCAGCAGCAGCAGCAGUACGACGAUGCAGAGCCCAGCGUGAACGGCUCUGUUGCCGGCCGCACCGACGGCGGCGACUCGAAGGAGGACGCCGAGGCAGAAAUGCGGGCGACGGUGCGCGCGGUCGUGGUGGCGGAGUCGGCGGCGCGCGCGGUGCUGGCCGAGACGGCGAACCUCGAGUACCGCCACCUGCAGAACGACGAGUUCCGCGGCGCACACCAGUCACGCCGCCGUGCUGAGGACCGGGAGCGGAAGGCGCUGCUGGCGAAGGUCGGGCCCCCGCCGGAGCUCAUGAAGGAGGUGGACAAGCUGGCGCAGGCGGUGCAGGCAGCCCAGCAGCAAAUCAGCAAGCUGAGCAAGGAGCGGGCUAAGGAAGACAAAGAGAACGAAAAGAUGGCCGAGAAGCUCGCCCAGCAGCAGGGCGACUUGUCGAAGCUGAUGCGCACGCUGGAGUCGAGCGAGACGGAGCUGGCGAAGCUGGAGGCGGAGACGAAGGCAGUGGAGCGCCGCAUUGAGGAAAAGCGUGCCCGCCUCGCCCGCAAGGAGGCGAAGAAGGCGGAGCAGAGCCAGUGGACAGCGUUGAAGCGUGUGCUGGAGCCGACCUCGUCGUCCACGCACCACGACACGCUCGCCAUCAACGACUUCGGCAGCUUUUUGCAGUCGACAUCGACAAUGGUCACCCUCGCCGCGGCUCCUCCACCGCCUCUGGCGUCCGGCGGGAUGGCCGCCACCGCUGCGGUGUACAGCACGACCGUCAGCGGCGGCAUGCCUCCGUUGUCGUCCAGCAGCGGCGGUGGGCUGACGGCCUUCGGCACGGAUCCCUUCUCGGCGCGCCAAGCCACGACCCCGCCAAGCAGCGCAGCGAAUGCGACGCCCGUCUUCUCCACCCAGCCAAAGAUGGGCAUGACGACCGCAAACACCAGCGGCGGCCUCGGCGCAAACAACAUGAAUACCAAUGUGACCGCUGCGGCAGGCGCCUCCCCUCACCACCCGCUGCUCGACGGCUUAGGUGGCAACGGCGGUGGCGGUGGCAGCUCAUCUGCCUCCACACACCCCGGCAUGGUCUCACCGAAGGUGCCGCCCUCGCCUGGCGUGGCGAGCAACGCGUCGACGGCGAUGGGUAGCCGCAACAGCCCGGCGUCUGCAAUGGCCGGUUCGUUGGGCAGUCCGGGGAUGUCGCUGGCGAGUAACAAUAAUCCCAGCAACGCCGUCGGCGGGCGCAGCAGCGCGAGCCCGUCCAAUGCGAUGAUGGGCACCGCUGGCACUCCUGGCGGCCUGAGCAACGCCCCUCCCUCCGCCGGCGGGGGGCUGUCGUUUGGUCUCGCGCCGUCGCUCUUCAGCACGAACCCGGUCAGCCACACGGCGCACGCAAACGUCGUGGGCGGCGGCGGUGCGGCGAUGGGCCCGGGGGCGAGCGCCGGCAGCCUCUACACCUCUCUCGACGCGAAUGCCCAACCCUUCAGCCCGUCGCCGCCGCCGGGUUCGCCAGGCUCGGCUGCUGCUGCGGCGGCGUCGGUGAGUAGCAACCACGGCCACAGCGGCGGUGGCGGCAACACCAAUCACCACAACAAUGGUGGUGGUGGCUUCGCCUUCACGGUCACCGCCGGGGCUGGGGUGCACCCUGGACUGGCCGGCGCCUCCGCCCCGCUUUACCAGGGCGGGCAAGCCUUCUCGAGUGGCCACGAACUCGCCGGACACGCGCCGUCGCCCUUCUCCACCACGCCGAUGUCUGCCUCCGGUAAUGGGUUGUUUAUGAUGGGCAACACCGGCGGUGGCGGCGGUGGCGCAAAUGAUCUGGUGCACCAUCAGGGCAUGUUCCCGCCGCAGCCGCACAGCUCGAACGAGAUGCUGUCCUUCUCUACCUCACUGCAGUGGCGGAGUUGA